AUGGCUCACAAUAAUCUCAGCUCAGUAGCAGAGUUCAUGCUCAUGGGCUUUACUGACCACCCCAACCUGGAGAUUCCCCUCUUCCUGGUGUUUCUCAGUUUCUAUCUCGUCACCCUUCUGGGGAACAUGGGGAUGGUUAUUCUCAUCCGAGUGGACGCCCAGCUCCACACCCCAAUGUACUUCUUCCUGAGCCACCUUGCCCUGCUGGAUGCCUGCUACACCUCGGUCAUCAACCCGCUGCUCUAUACUGUGGCCAUGAAGCCCAGAAUCUGCUGGAGUUUGGUGGUGGGCGCCUACGUCUGUGGGGUGUCAGGGUCCAUCCUGCGCACCACAUGCACCUUCUCCCUCUCCUUCUGUGAGGAUAAUCACAUCAACUUCUUUUUCUGUGACCUCCCACCCCUGCUGAAGCUUGCCUGCAGUGACACAGCAAAUGCUGAGAUCAUCAUUGUUGUCUUUGGCAACUUUGUGAUUCUGGCCAAUGCCUUGGUCAUCCUGAUCUCCUACCUGCUCAUCAUCAAGGCCAUCUUGAAGGUGAAGUCUCCAGGAGGCAGGGCCAAGACUUUCUCCACGUGUGCCUCCCACCUCAGCGCUGUGGCCCUUUUCUUUGGGACCCUCACUUUCAUGUACAUACGGAGCAGCUCAGGCAAAUCCCUGGAGGAAGACAAGGUUGUGUCUGUCUUCUAUACCGUGGUCGUCCCCAUGCUGAACCCUCUCAUCUACAGCCUGAGAAACAAGGACGUGAAAGCCGCCUUCAGGAAGGUCACUGGCAGAUUCCAGGUGUCCCAGAGUGUGUAG